AUGGACAACGGCAGUUCGGCCUCGCCCGCGGCAUCCCGUCAGCUUUCAGCGUCAGGAUCGGCUUCCGCGCCGACGUCGGCCCUGGUCCCGACCAUCACCUCGCCCUUCAACUUCCCUACCAGUGGCCAAGGCAAAGGCAAAGGCAAAGGCGACUCUGCCGCUCCGCCAAUCUACGACGACGCCGCCGCCGCCGCCGCCGCCGCCGCUGCCAGCAGCAGCAGCUCUGCAUCUGCCCGGCCCAUUGCCUUUCCGCAGAUCAAGCCGGACAAGGACUCGCCGUUUCUCCCGGCCUAUGCCCCUGUCCUUCUCAGCUACGGCAUCACCAAGGAGACGUGGCGGUCUUUCCUGGCCACCAUCUCGGCCUUCCUGACGGCGACGGUAUCCGACCGUGCCCUGUCGCACGCCACCGACAUGGCCGCCCACAUCGGCCAAGCGCCCAAGAACCUGGGCAAAAACGUCGCCGCCCACGCAAAGUCCAUCGGCAGGAACGUGUCCGACAACGCCAAGCGCGGCAACAUUGUCGGCGCGGCCGUGGGCCUCAUCGGGGGGACCAUCUCGCUGCCCAUUUCCACGGCCCUGGGCAUCGUCGGGGCCACGCUGUCGCUGCCGGGCCAGGCCAUUGGCGCCGUGACCAAGAAGCCGCGGACGCCGCAGGAGAGGGCGGCGACGUACGCGGCCGUGGCCAACGACGAGUGGCUGCACAUGCGCGGCCUGCACGCGCACCUGUUUGACUCCGCCGGGCUGGCGCAUCACCUGGGCCUGCCGCUGGAUAGCAUGCUGAGCAUGGCGUGGGAGACCAAGGAGAGCGAUGCGGCGAGCCAGAUGAGGGCGCUGGAGCCUCACGUAGCUGGGCUCGAGGUCGAUGAGGGGACGAUGCUGCAGUUGAAGACGCAGACGCUUUGGUUGGUGUUGAUGCCCGGGAAGACGCCUACCGCGAGUUGA